UGCCUGUGCCAGACUCGCCGAUUUGGUCAAUUUGGUCUUUUGGUUGUGGACUCACCGGGGACUCACCGCUUCUGUCGAGGAGCUGAAGAUGUAGCAGCGGCCGUAGCAGCGGUCUUCAUCCCCUUUAUUCCACAAGCGCGCGAGGCCUUCGUUGUCAGAGCACGAACGGUGAGAAAUGAAGCGAAGGAACAGAGAGCUGUAGGUAGGUUCGCAGGUGAAGACUGAAGAACGGACAAAGAGGAUCGCUGGCAAAAAGGUAUCUAGUGAGUGCAAUGAGGCUCGCGAUCGGCCAUGGCGACGUUAGAAGGCGUCCGCGAGUCAGCGUCGCACAGGAUUCCACACGAAACCCUCUAUGGCUACUGCUGGUGCCGGGCCCCGGUCGGCCUGGUGCAGAGUCUCAAGAGCACCUGCUGUGACGUCCUGGUACGGGACGCCCGGAGCCUUUGCCGGCUACUACCAUCGGUGCCUCACUACUUCGCGGCCCCGCUGCUCGCCAGGGCCGUCGAGGAUGGACGUGACCGAGCCGCGCAGCUUCUGGUAUCUGUUUGGCCAGGCGAUGAGCUCGACCUGCAAGCCGUGCUGGGGACCGCUUGUCCGCUGGGACAGCAUCCAGGACGCCUGGCCGCCGUCGCCGCCAUCGUGAGAUUCUUCGUCGAAAUGGCGCUGGGGGGAGAGGUGGCCGCGCGGCUUCGCCGGCUGGACGUGACGGGCUUCCAGUGCGGCCGGGAACUGAUCGAGUUUAUCGUGCGUAAGAUGAAGGUCUACUCCAAGAGGCGGCCCGUGGAUCGCGGCGGUCGCUCCCUCCGCUGCGACUUUCUUGUGGGCGAAGAGUCCACCUUCGGCGUCUUCUGCACCAUGCUCAAGCACGACAGGCGCGCGUUGCGGAUCGACGUCGCCAACCUUGAAGUGGAGGGCAUCGGCGAGUCCAAGCUCACCGAGCUGCUGGACAUGCUGGAGGCCGAGCUGCUCGUGGGGCUCAGCGUCGCCUACAACUCGCUCCAGAACGAGGGACUCCUGCACAUAUGCGAGCGGCUGCGGCGGCUUCGCGGUCUGGUGGCGCUCGACAUCUCGUCCAACGGCGUCCGUCGCGGGGACGCCCACCACUACGAUUCCUUGGCAGACACGAUAAGGACCCUACCUCAGCUGCGCCGGCUCAGCCUCAAGAGCUGCCGUAUCGGGGGCUACCUGAACACCCUGCUGUCGCGCUGCUACCGACAGUUGGACCACCUGGACGUGAGCGCGUGCGGGCUGCGCCGACAAGAUGUGCGGGUUCUCGAAGGCUUCGAGAACCUCGAGAGACUGGCGCUGUCCGAUAACAACUUGUCCGGCCUGAUCCCCGAACUGGCGGCCGUGCUGCAGACUCUGGGUCGCCUCCGCGUCGUCUUGCUGUCAAACUGCGACCUGAGGUCCGAAGGCUUCCAUGUCGUUUGGGACGCUCUCAAGGCAUCGGGCGAGCAGCUGCGCUGGCUCGACCUUACCUGGAACAAGCUAUCCGAGGACACGCUGGCGGACUUAAUGACCGAUGUGGAGGCCGGCAGCUGUCUGCCCUUACUUGUGCAGCUCCUAGUACCCGUCCCCAGCAACCCGAGCCCCCGCUACUUCGAGGCUGUCAAGCGCAUCGAGGCUACGAGCCCGAGGCUGCGGAUACACACGGACCUCGUGUAAUCUGCUGGACCUGUAGCACAUACUCGCACGGCCACAGGCCAAUGACCUAUUCAUUCAUAUGCCAGUGAGGCAUCUCAAUGGCCUCUACAUACAGUUGGGCUGGAAACCCGUGCAAAUAAACGGGCAAGUCAUCGAGGA